UCGAGGUGGCGUGGUGAUCGCUCUGUCUUUUCUAAUAUCGUCGACCUCGCCGUAUAAGAAAAGGUAUGGUGUGCAGUCAGUAUAAUUUAAAAGUGUUUGCUAUAAUUGAUUGACGAAGGAUCGCCGUGUUUUUUACACAUCUGUAUUCUCAAAAACUCAAGAUUCCGCCUAAAAUCUACAACCAGCCCAGAGGGUGGCUUCCGAAGGUUCCAAACCCGUAUAACUUAAAUUAUGGCUAACAAUCGAGUAGUUAAGGAUAGGUCUCAUAAAACUAAAGACAGUUUUUUCAAAAAGUCUGGCAAAAGCUUCUAUAAACCUAAAUUUCAACAUAAAAACAAGAAAGAGGAUAACAAAGAGACAAUUGGUACCGAAUCUAAUAAUUUUUUCGUAAAAUCUAACAAUCCCAGCACAUCUAAUCCUAAAACCUCAAAAGUGCAGGAUUUUCAAGGAGAAAAUGAUUCUAAAACAGUUAAAAAACCAUUCGAUAAAAAGAAGUAUAGGCUUCAAAAAUACAGCAACAAGUACCAGAUCCAGCAGUGGGAGGAUAAAAGAAAAAAAGCAGUUCUUCGUAUUUAUUACAAAACGCUAAAGGAAGAUCAAUCGAAUCCAACUAAUUUAGUCCACGAGGAUAGUACAAGUAAAACUGAUGAUGUUAACAAAGAAGGUAGUAGUAGUAACUUACACCCAGUGGUCACAGAUGUUUCUCCAGAGAACUUUAAAGGAAAACGGACUAAACCAUUCCGAAAAGCACACCAGGAAUUUCAACGAAUCAGAGAGGAGAAAGAAAGGGAGAGGGAGCUAUUAUUGCAAAGGAAAAAGGAAAAGGAAGAAGCUAUGCAAAAAUAUAAAAAGAAAAAAAUAGAAAAGUUCAAAAAAUUGAAUAAGAAAACUAAAAAGGGGCAACCAAUUAUGAAGGACAGAAUGGAAAUGUUGCUGGAAAAAAUACAGAACAGUAUUACGCAAGAACAAUAAUAUAAGCACUAGGUUAUACAGUUAUCAAGUUAUUAUUUAAUAUUUAACGACCCAAUGUGACUGUAAGCAUCAGUAAUAAAACUUUUAAGUAUCGAUUGAAAA